AUGCUCGUGUCCCAUCCCCCCAACCACCUCACACAACCCCCAGAUGCCCAUGUACAACACCUCCAAAUCCCCAACCACAACCACCAGCCCAGCCUUCCCCAGAACCACCGCCAGCAGCUCCCAAAGGCGCCCACAACAGUCCUCGGCAUCCCCAGCGUCUCCAUCCAGGAUAACCGCCUCGUUGUCGGUAGCUCCCAGACUAGUUCGACGCGCUCCUACACACCCCUCAAGGUCCUUGGAGACGGAUCGUUCGGCACCGUAUGGCUCUGCGAUUGGCAUGGGACCCUCCCUCCCGGGACACCUCUGUCCCCGAUGCAAUGUGGCGCUGGAGCGAGGCCGGAGUGGACUGGAAAGAGGCUCGUAGCAGUGAAGCGUAUGAAGAAAACAUGGGAGGGUGGCUGGGACGAGUGUCAGAAACUCAAGGAGCUCGAGUCGCUCCGCGCAAUUCCUUUUCACCCAAAUGUAAUUCCGCUGUACGAUUUCUUUCUGCUCCCCGAUACCAAGGAACUCUACUUCGUCUUCGAGUCCAUGGAAGGCAAUCUGUACCACCUCAUCAAAGCUCGCAAGGGUCGCCCGCUCGCAGGCGGCCUUGUCUCCUCUAUAUUUCGGCAGAUUGUAGCUGGUCUGGAACACAUCCACGUCAACGGCUAUUUUCAUCGAGAUAUGAAGCCAGAGAAUGUGUUGGUCACAACAACAGGCCUGUUCGAUUACACUUCCGUGUCACCCAUCGCUCCUCCGAAUGCUCCUAAGGAGAGAGACGUCGUCGCAAUCAUCAAGCUGGCUGACUUCGGCCUUGCUCGAGAAACGAAGAGUCUGCCGCCUUACACCGAAUAUGUGUCCACUCGGUGGUAUCGCGCACCCGAAGUCUUACUCUUUAGUCGAGAUUAUUCCAACCCCGUCGACAUGUGGGCGUUGGGGACCAUCAUGGCGGAACUCGUCAACCUGCGACCGUUAUUUCCAGGCGCAGAUCAGGUGGAUCAGGUGGCCAGGAUAUGUGAAAUCCUGGGGGAUCCUUCUGACGCCUAUGGGGUCGACACAUUCGGAAGCCAGAUUGGCGGAGGACCGUGGAUCAAGGGAAUUAAGCUCGCGAAGGCCGUAGGGUUUCAAUUUCCUAAGGUUGAGCCCAAAGAUUUUUACUCUUUGUUCGAGAAGACAGUCCCUAGAUCUUUGAUCCAAUGCAUUCGGGACCUCCUGCGGUAUGAUCCUGACCAGCGUCUGACCAGCCGGCAGUGCUUGGAGCAUAUCUAUUUGGCAGAGACGAUGCCUCGUAAUCAUAUCACAUUGCCAGCCGGAAUCCACACAUCCCUCCCCAAUUCAUCCGUCGCUCCCGUGGCUUCGCACGUUAACGGUUCACAAUCAAACCCAUCAUUGGUACCACCAGUGCGUGUGGCGCCUCCUUCGCAUUCCCAUUCCGCUCAUGCUCUACACCAUCCCCAUCAAUUCCCCGACACUUCAAUGACACAUCAUAUACCUUAUCAUAUUCACACACCUCAUUCAUAUUCUACCCAGCCGCCGACUUCUGUUGUUGCGCAUAAUGACUACCGACACCAACCACAACAAAAUGGUUGGACAGAUUCACAGGCAGACUAUCCAAUGGGUUCUCCGCUCGAACCGGCUCAUCCCAACGGCAAUAUUGUCGGUGUUCACGAUACACCGAUGGUGCAAGAUUCCACUCAACCGCUCGAAGCAGGUCAGGAUGUUGGCAAUACUCCUUCCGCGCUGGCCACGAACGGACACAAGGUUGGCAAGCUAUUCAGCAAGAAGCCCAGCAAAUGGGGUCUUGGAAUGUUCGGUGGAGACAAGUCACAUCAUCCUCUUCCUCCUGUCGACGAAACAAGCCCAGCUCUCAUGUUUCCUUCCAGGAAACGUACGCAGUCUUCGAGCACCGACAGCAAGUCCAUGCGCGAUUCUUCGCCUGUUCGAGAACUUCUUGUGCAAGAUGCUAAAAAGAACAAGAAGGAGGCUCAACGGCUUCACCGCGAAGCUGAGUUGGAAAGGCGCAAGCUUGCAGAAAGAAAUGCGCGAGAGCAAGCCCGUGCUGUGUUGUUGAAGCGACAACUGAUGUUGCGCAAGAACGUCGGUGAUGACCCAGAGUGGCGCAGUGGACCUGAACAACCUCGGGUUGAGGUGUCGGAGGUGAGAGGAGGCAUGCAACCAUCCUCUGGCCCUGUUCGCCGCGACCUAUCCGCAGGCCUCGGCACAUCCACCCUCGGCGCUGCUGGAGGCAAGUAUGCCAUACCGCAUCCACACCCGGACCCUAUACCUGACCGAGGAGAAUGGAGGCAACCGUCGGAGCGGGUUGCCAAAGCUCGACGGCGGGAAUUCGACGACGACCAUUCCAUGUCCUCGUCAGAUGUUCACAGUUUAAGUCGAAUGUCGUCAAUAUCCUUCGCGACUGUCGACAGUGAUCCAGGACCUUCUCAGCUGCGCAACAGACCUAGUCUGUAUGGCAUGAGUCGAAUGACUUCUCGUUCUUCCCUACGGACUUCCUUUGACGAUUUCCCACCCUCCGCUCGUUCCUCUAACUCUUUCUCCUUGGAAGGUCAACUUGCACAUGAUUUCCGCACACAGGCCUCCGUUACCUCACAUUUAUCUGGCAGUGUAUCACCACCGCCCCUCCAAACGUUGUCGUUGUCCCCCACAAUUUCACCUUCCAUAUCACCUUCUCCGCCAUGGGUGCAUCUCCAACAACAGAAGGACGAUGCCCUAUCCUUAACGCAAUCACCGCCAUAUCUUUCAAUUUCCCCUCACUUCCUUCCUAACGGCGGUGGCCCUCACAGCCCUCUAGACAUCAAUGGUCAGUUGCCGCCUCUACCACCUAGUCCCUACGGUUACCCCCCGAGCUCGGGCCAUACACCCAAGUCAGCCAGGUCAGCCCGGUCAGCCAAGUCUGCCAUCAACCCGAUAUUCAAAGUGCCUCCACUACCGCCUCCUCCACUACCACUCCCAGUUGGUAGCCGACUUUCAUCACCUAAUGCCCUUCCUCCCUUUUCCGAAUUGGAAGCUGUGGCUGGUGGAGGCGAAUGCGAGCACCCUCCACUUUCGCCGAUGAUUUUUACAACCCCAGAAGAUGUUUGA